AUGGAGGCGGAGUGGGACGCGCUGAGAGUGCUGGGAGCGGUUACAGCCCUGUUCCUGCUGCUGUGGGCGACCUGGGCGGUGGGCUCCACAGUCUAUGUGUAUCUGCUGCCUCAGGCACGCCGGAGCAACCACUGGCUCCGGGCGCACGGGGCCUGGGCAGUGGUAACAGGAGCCACCAGCGGCAUCGGCAAGGCUUACGCACAUGAGCUCGCCCGGAGAGGUCUGAACGUCGUCCUCAUCAGUCGAGACCUGAGCAAGUUGAAGCUCGAGGCAAAGGAGAUAGAGCGGCUUUACGGCAAAAGUGCACGAGUGAUUCAGGUGGAUUUCACCGGGGGCUUGGAAAUCUACGAGCCCAUUGAGGCGGGACUGAAGGACCUGGAGAUCGGAGUAUUGGUAAACAACGUGGGCCAAAAAUAUACAACCCACUUGAGUAAACUGCUCGACUGUGAGGAGGACGUCGGCAAAAAACUCCAGGAUAUUAUAAACUGCAACAUGCUGUCUGUGGCCCAGAUGACUAGAAUCCUCCUGCCCCGAAUGGUCAGCAGGGGCAAAGGCAUCAUCAUCAACAUAUCUUCAGUAGCUGACAGGAAGCCCUAUCCAUAUUUAGCAGUGUAUGCGGCCACCAAGGCCUUUGUGCGAAGCUUCUCCGUGGCCGUGGGCACAGAGUACCGCUCCAAAGGUGUCAUCGUGCAGACAGUGAGCCCCUUUUUGGUUGAAACAAAUAUGACCUAUCCCUUGAGAAAGGGACUGCUCAUAGUGAGCGCCGAAGACUUCGCUCGGCAAGCAUUGGACACGCUUGGCCUCACUUCUGAAACCACUGGGUGCCUCAGCCACGCUAUUCAGGAUUUCCUGCUGACCAUGCUCCUGCCUAGUUGGUUUUUUGCGAGUCCUAGGGCAUUUACUCUGUUGGAGAGCCUUAAUGUAGCAGGAUUCUUUUCUGAAAGAACUUGA